GUCCACGCCUGUGUACACCCAACCCAAAGCGUACGCGCAGCAUUUCCACCGGAGAUUGACACGCCGCCUCCCUCCACCGCUCGUCUUCCCGCCUCCGCCUCCGCCUCCGCCUGCUGCUCCUCUGCGUUUCAAGCCAAAUCCCCACUUGGAAACCCCAGGCUCGUCGCCGCCGCCGGUCGCCAUGGCGCCGCCCCGUCCAAGCGCAGAGCCGCCCCUCCAAACCCUAGCCGUGACCCGACGGCCGACGACGAGUUCAAUCUGGAUCUGCUCCGCGCGGCCAGCGAGGGCGACCUCCGCCUCUUAAAGAGUAGGCAUUUCGGAUUUCCCCGUUCGUCGCGUCGCAGUGCUGGUGUGGGUGCUGGACAAGAGCAGAAUGGAUCCCAGGGAGGUGGUGGGGGCGGCCAAGCACCAAGGCGUCGGGGCGCUGCACAUCGCCGCCAGAAAUGGGAGGCUACCCGUGUGAACGUACCUGGUCGAGGAGCUAGGGGUGGAUGUGGACGCCGUCGAUAACGAAGGUGCCUCUGCUGCGUGUUCUCUGUCCCUAGCUAAACUAGUAUGUCUUGUCAGUCUACUUCCAGGUGUAUUGGCUCGUAUUUUGUGCUAGACUUUGAAUUUGUAUUUGAAAUAGGUUCUCCAUGCUACAAAUUUUGUGACAUAUAGUUAACAUUUUAUUACUCCCUCGCAUUUUAUUAAUUUAUUACUCCCUCCAAGGCGUGGAGCUGCGACAAUUAAUUUGGAUCGGAGGGAGUAAUUAACUUUAGCCCAAACUAAAGAGAGGCUUAAUAAACCCGGACGGAGGGAUUAAUGAUUGGAAAACAAAUCAAUUUUACUAUUAUGACAUUUGUAUGCAACUAAUUUGGGGAUACGGACAUGCUCCAACAGGAAUUUAUUUAUUCGAAUUAUUGAUCCCGGUAUUUUUCUCAUUGACACGCUUGGUAUAUCUAACGCCUCUGUUCUGGGCAAUGAUUGGUGGAAGGAUGGAUACUAUGAGUUAUCUUCUUGAUCAUGGGGCCAAUCCACACAAAGUUGAUGACCGAGGGUUCAACCCACUUCAUCGCGCUGCUCGAAGAGGAGACCCUGAAAUGGUGGAACUCUUGCUUGCAAAAGGAGUUUCUGUUGACCCAGUAUCUGCUAGUGGGACACCAUUGCAUAUCGCUGCCUACAAUGGGCAUGAUGAAGCUAUGAAAAUUUUGUUGAAACACAACGCGGAUUGUAACAAGAUAGUACCUGGUGCUGAAACCCUUCUUCUUGCUGCAAUAGCGGGUUCCUCAGUGAAAUGUGUCAAGCUCCUGGUCGAGGCUGGUGCGGAUGUCAAUGACGGUCUUAUAACCCCUUUAGUUGCUGCUGCUACAAAUACUGCAUGCUUGAAAUACUUACUGGAAGCUGGUGCCAACCCUAAUGUUCCUGACAACUUUGGUAGGAUGCCAAUAGAAAUUGCUGCACUGGAUGGUUCAAGGGAAGACGUUGAGAUCUUAUUUCCUGUGACUUAUUGUAUUCCAACUGUGCAUGAUUGGAGCAUCGACGGAAUAAUACACCAUGCAAAGUCAGCGUCUAUGAAGCAGGGUGAUCAUUCAAAUGUGAGAAGAAUGGCAGAGUUGAAGUCACUUGCGGUUAAUUCUCUUAAGAGAAACGAUUAUUUUUCUGCGGCAACACUGUACAGUGUGGCAAUGAAGCAUGACCGUCAUGACGCUACUUUGUUAUCGAACAGAAGCCUUUGCUUUCUCCGCAUGGGCGAUGGGCACAAGGCUUUGCAGGAUGCUCUUGCGUGCAGUGAAAUGCGGCCUGGCUGGCCAAAGGGCUGGUACCGGCUGGGCGCAGCGCUCAUGUUAUUGAAGGUGUGAUCGAAGAUAUCUAUCUGGUUGUCUAAUCUUCUAUUGGACUUUCCUCCAGUAGAGGGCUCGUUUCUUGCUUAAUAAUCUCUCGCUUAAUAAUUUUUUAACUUACCAAGUUAAGCAAACGUUGAUGGAUCUUGCUGUAAAAAACCACCAAUGGUUAAGGUAGACUGGUAUUGUAUA